CCAUCACACAUCUGGAAUUUGAUAAAGACCAUUUCACAAAUAUUACUAUUUCAACAUUAUACCUUUAAACUUCCUCUUUAUCUUUCCAUAAAGAGAAAUUCAGAUUUCAGAGAAAGAAAAAGAUCAUUUAGCACCCACCUUUUUUAAAAAAAAAUAAUAAUAAUAAUUUCCCACAAUUUUACAUCUUAUUUUUUACUUCAGAUAUACUUGGUCAACCACACCAAUUUUUCUUGGAUCUUGCUACCAAACUUUGUGUUUUUGUCAUACCCAAAACCUUAAUUUGUUGAAUAGAUUUGUGGGUUUUUUAAUUGUGAACUCCAAGGUAUUGACCUAAGAGCCAAUAAAACCCAAGAAAAUUAAUUCAACUAAGCAUUUUUGGUUUCUUUAAACUGUUUUCCUUGGUAAAAUAUUUUUGGGUUAUUGAUGAUUAGUUCAAAGAUCUAAUCUUUAAUCAAGAAUUCCAAUAAAGUUGAUUGAACUAAGCAUUUUGGGGUUAUCUAAACUGUUUUUCUUGGUAAAAUAUUUUUGGGUUAUUGAUGAUUGGUUCAAAGAUCUGAUUUUUAAUCAAGAAUUACAAUUUUUGUUUAAUUAAGUUGCAGUUUGGGAGCUAAGCUAUGAAUUUCAGAAACAUGGAGGAAUUUUGGCCUUACUAUAUGAACCAACACUCAAAAGCAGCAACAAGGAGAUGGCAUUUUGUGGGUACACUUUGCAGUAUGUUAUGUUUGGUUUACACAGUGCUAUUUAAUAAGUGGUUUGUGUUUUUUGUGCCAAUUCUUGGGUAUGGAUUGGCUUGGUAUAGUCAUUUUUUUGUUGAAGGGAAUGUUCCUGCAACAUUUGGACACCCUUUUUGGUCUUUUUUAUGUGAUUUCAAGAUGUUUGGUUUAAUGCUCACUGGUCAAAUGGAUAGAGAAAUCAAGAGGCUUGGGAAAAGGCCUGUUUUACAGGUCUAUUGAUAUACUUGUAAUUGCAUCUCCAAAUGCUUUUUCUUUCUGUUCAGAUUUACCUAUAUGGAUUGUCUAAACUUGUAUAUAAAUCUACUCUUUGUUGUCAACUUUGCAAUGGAACAUGUUUUUUUCUAUA